AUGAGCCUGGAUCCUUUACUUCCCAUUGCGCCCGCGAGGGUGAAGGCUCUGCUUCUUCCUGUCGGAAAGGUCAAGGCGGACCGAUUUGUCUCUUUCGUUGAGAGGCUUCAGACCGAACAUGUGGUCUAUCUACGAGACAUCACCGCCGACAGCCGGCCGAAUAGGAACAUGUUUUCUCCCCUCGCGUACCCGGACGGCGUCAUUCUCUAUGAUCUAAUCUCUCACGCGCCGCCGUCUUCCCACCUGGCCCUGUCGCCCUUCGAUCUAUAUCGCGAGCCCCUCGCCAUUAUUGCGAUUGCUGACGGCAGCGAGCUUGGCGAUGCCACAUUCAGCAAGCGACAUUCUUCCAAUGGUACCGGCCCUACAAUAAUAGAGCGAAACCUGCGGGCGCUAUACCAAGAGCUCGAAGACCUCCGGGAUAUCUACCCCAAGUCCCUUGUCCACCAAGUCUUGGUCUUUGACUACAUGCCCCCAGCAGGUGAGGUUCACGUUCCCGAAGACGUAACGACUAUACCAACGCCUGCGAAUUCGAAACGAACAACAAUAAAAACAGUCAUGUGCAAUAUAUCGUCGUUACUCCUCGCAGAAAUGACUACACUGGCCAAGUCUUUUGAGGCCAUGACCUCGAUAGAUUCUCCUGGAUCUUACGCUGCCAAGAAUAUAAGAGGAAUUGAUGAUUGGUCUAAUGGAGCCUCUCGUCGUAGUUCCCAUAUGCCACCACACCUUAUUCGAUCAAGCUCGGCGACGGCCGAUCGAGCGCAAACGAGAAUGUCCAUGCCACCCGUGCCCACACGAACCCAAUCGGUAUCGAACGGUUCGACGCCUCGCCCCGAAACGCCGGUGAAUAAAGAGUGGCGAAAUAGUGCGGCGGCGUCAGUCGAUGGCACAGAGAGUGGUCCAACUAGCUCGCCAGCUUCACCCGAGUCCAAGCUUUCUCUCUCGAGAAGCGGUGAUGUGUCGCGCGAUGCAAGCAGAGAUCGAGUAUCAGUGCAAGGGUUCGGGCCCGGCGGCGCAAAUGACCGGUGGCGACUGAGAGGCAAAGGUCGUGCUGGCGUUGUUAUUGGCUCCAUGUACUUGCAGGCAGGCCGCUGGAGCGAUGCGCUCCGAGAGUUGAGCGAAGGCGCCCAGGUUGCGCGCUCAUUAAAUGAUCACAUUUGGCACGGAAAAGCUCUUGAGCUUAUCCUUAUGAAUCUUUUCCUGCUUGGCUGGUUGAACCUGGAAUUUCAAAUACCCAUUGUUUGCCUGCCAACUUCGGAUCGUCCAGCGUCGCAAAAGGUUGAAGAGCUCGUGGACCCGAGCCAACCCAAGCAUUUGCGCAACUUGCAACUGCUGCUACCCGAGCUUUUGGAUCGGAUUCUGAGUCUCUACUCUAGAAUAUCAAGCGAAAGUCUACCACCGUUGCCGUUCUCUGAAACCACGAUUCGCUUUUGCAAAAUUCUCUCGUCGCUUCAUAGCUGCAACGGCAUCUUGAAUCAACAGUGCCUCGACAUGAUCAUUGUCGGAAAGACUCCCGAGCUGUAUUUGACAACUUCACCGAGACUCAUCAUUAGCCCUAGCCGUCAGCAAAUUGUGAACACCUUAUUCAAGGCCUUUCCUUCGUCAGCUACCGAGCUAUUAACUACGGCGGACCGGGUCCAGAUCCUUAGUGGAAUUGCCAGCGUGCUAGGCCAGAUUGGAUAUCAUCGAAAAAAGGCCAUGGUCACGAGAGAGCUGGUAUCUGUUCUGAUUGGCGGUCUCGUUGAAGCCCGCACCAAGGGUGCUGCUGAGGCAGGUGUACAUCCUGCAGCCGGACUCAUACCCCUCGGUUCUGGCGGCGAAAGGGGCAGAGGCGCUGCAGUAUUGGAUCUCGGUGAAGCAGACAUUGAGCAAGGCAUAGAAGCUUUUCUCGACCUCCUCUGCAGGUCUUACGGCGUGGUCAGCUUUGAUCCCCUCGGCAAGUCUGCUGAUGUCCCAGACGUGGGAGAAGACCUCGACGCUGCCAUCAUUUCCAGAAUUCAAAGGCAGCUAGCUACGCGAUUCUUUGGUUUCCCAGAAAUCAAGCUCAACAUUCUUCGCUCUUGUAUCAACUUUGCGGAAGCAUUACCUGACUUUAACGGCGUCCUCAAAUACUCUAGCGAUCUGAUGCGUACAGCUGGCUCAGGCGUUGCGCCGGCAUCGCGAAAGGAGCACUCCGCGCCGCUGAUAUUCAAGGAAGAACAAGUGCGUUUAGCAGCCAACAUUUCUCGCACCUGGGUCCUUGCCCAGCGGCUGGGCAUGACUCAUCUUGGUGCUGAGUACUGGGACGAAUUCCUGGUUCGUGGCAUAGAGCUAGAGCCAUUACCUUUGACCAGAACUCCGGUACCGCAUUCUCGCAGCAUUCUUCCCGGUGCAACGGCGAGCCGUGCGUCCCAAGAUGUGAAUCCAUUCAUCUAUAAUCCGUUCCUCAAAGAGGCGGCGGAGACUGCUGCCAAGAACCUGGUUUCUGGCGAGGUUGCCAACUUCAAAGUCACGCUUCAGAACACAUACGACAUCGAAGUCGAGAUUGAAAGCCUUCGCUUAGAAGCGACCGGAGUAGAGUUUGAAGCAUUGCCCACCCACGUUACUCUCGGGCCUUAUCGCACCCAAAUUAUCGUUGUUCAAGGACGACCGAAAGCACCCGGAACUGUCGUUAUCGUGGGCGCCAUGGUCAGAGUCCGCGGCUGUCGAGAGCGCCUUUUCCCAAUAUUUACAAACUCCUGGACUCCGCAGCGCGCGGACAAGGUCAAGUCGAAAGGCUUGGCUUCUCUCGACAUUGGACCUCCUGUGCCGACCAAAGGAAAAUCAACAAGCCGACAGCUUUCUGCGGACACAUUCAGCGUGAACGUUGUAGAAGCGCAGCCCUUGGUUGUUGUCAAGUCGACCUCACUGUCACAAUCCUCCGUCAUGGUUCUGGAGGGCGAGAGACACGUUUUCUCAAUAACACUGCAGAACUUGUCCGAUACCGCAGUCGACUUUAUGCUGUUCUCCUUUACAGAUUCUACACAAGGGCCUUUGCAAACCGCACUGAACAGUAGAGACGUGUCUGUGGCGGAAAUGUAUGAGUAUGAGCUUAUCCUCAUGAAGAAGCAAGCAUUGCGACUACCGAAGAGCGAGCCUAACCGACACAUUGCCCCCGGUGGCGAAGCUACCUUUGAUUUCGAGAUUUUGGGUAAACCGGGCCUCACCAAUGCAACGAUCCAAGUUGAUUACGCCUAUCUUGGCGUCCCUAUUGAUGAAAUCACGGAGCAAUUCUUCACCAGACAACUGUCACUUGAUUUGGCUGUGACGGUCAAUGCGAGCGUCGAACUAUCGAGAAUAGAUACCUUGCCCAUCUACGGCGGCAUUCCUCGAAGCUUCCUAGACCGUGUUGGCGGUGAUGCUUCGCCUGAUGAUGAAGAGUACUGCCUGUUGUCGAUGGAUAUGCGCAAUUCGUGGCCCAGUCAGAUGGCAGUUCGAGUAGAGGGCAGCGACGGAAUGACAGUGGAAGACAGCAUACUCCCCGGAAAAACUACGCGGCUUGUUCUGCCAGUCAAACGAGUCUUUCUAGAAGAUCCGCAUGCGUCGAUACCGAGCCUGAAUCCCAAUAAAACGAGGCAAUUCGUGGUUAGCUCGAGCAAAAUCUCACCAGAAAUGGAGCGUGCCAAUCGUGAGGCCUUUUGGUAUCGCGAAAAGAUUCUGGAUUCUCUAAAGGCAACUUGGAAAACGACAACGGUGCCGAGGAAAGAGGGCGUGAUUGACCUACGCAAUAUACGACUGACGACGCGCAUGAUUGAAGCUAUCAAGAUUGACGAAGUUGACAUUAGCAUCUCGAUGGAACCUGCCAACGGCGAAAAGGGUGACGGACCCAUAAAGGGUGCCACUACGGCAAAAAUGGACGAAUUUAUGAAUCUAAAAGUACACAUAAUGAACAGGACAAGUCGGCCUAUUCUGCCCAUGCUGCGGCUUAUUCCCGCGCUCUGCCACCGCCCGCUCACGGUGGCGCUAGACUACACGCGCAAGAUUGCCUGGAACGGUACUCUGCAGCAGCUGUUGCCCAAACUCGAGGCAAACUCGAGCCACGACUUUGUGCUGGGCUUCACGGCGCUGUGUCGCGGCGAGUUUGAGAUUAUGGCGUCGGUGGAGGAGGUGCUUGUCCGGGAGCCCGACCAGGCCGAGAAGCAACGGCACAGCAGACCGAGGUCCAACACGCAGGAGGCAAUGGAUGCGGUUCUGGGCGUCAAGCAGCGUGGGAUAUGGCACUCGCGGCAUUCGUUCAAGCUUCUUGUGACGGACGACGAGUGA